GCAACAUAACGGAUUCCAAAGACAUCUGAUUGCAAUAAAUAAAUGACUAAGUAUCAGUACAACAAUAAAUAAUUUAUUUUAUAUUUAUUGGACAAGAUUGAAACGCAUUUAAACUAUGGGCAAUUUAUGUUCAUCAUGUUGUGGAAGUUCCUCCGAGGAAUCCAAUCUAAUGCCAUCACCAGAAACUAGAAGAAAGCAACAAUUGGAAGCAGCUGAACGCCGACGAAUGGAAAAUGAAACAAGAGGAAUAAAAGAUCCGGAGAGGGUAAAACGACAACAACAACGAUCUGAAGAAAUUCAAAAGCGUGAAGAUGAAGCCGCUCGAACUGGGGGACAACCAGUUUUAAGGUGGCAGCAGGAUUAAGGUUAUCGUUUAAACCAUAAACAUAAGAAGUCUGAGAUACAUUCUUAGUUUUUGACAAGAGCACAAUCACCAUCUUCAAAUGCAACGUUCCAACUGCCGGUCAAGGGGGAUCAAUGACCAUUUAUUUGUAUGUACUCGUUUGUAUUGGAAAACAAAAGAAUGCUUUAUUAACACUUUCAUUCACAUUUGUAAGCACUUGUAUACCAAUUCAUAUGUAUACAUAUCAUAUGUAUCAUCGGAAGUCAUACAAGUGUAUAUUACGUGCGAAUAAGCACUAAUUUUCUUUUUUGUUGAGUAUUUUUCUUUUUUUUUUUUGUUUUAAAUUACACAAUUAUAUUUAUAUAACUUUCAUUAACCAAAUACUAUACACUUUUUAAAUAAAAAUUCUA